AAAGACCAGACGGAAAAACGGGGGGCCUACACCGCCUACCAAGCCUCAAGGCUAGCACAAGAACUUACAGCUCUGAGAGUGCACCAAGACGCCUACCUGCAGACUGGGACAGCUGCGCCUAACGACUACAACAUGGGUAGAAAAUCCCAGAGACCCACACAGAACACAAGCAGGAACACACAGGACAUAGGCGACCUGCUGCAAAGACCAAUGGCGGCCUCACCAGAUCGCACAACUGCCUCCCAAGAUGAAGGAGAGCAAUCCGGAGCCGAACAAGAACAAUCAACCGCUCACCCAAUAAGGGAUCCACAAACUAACAGAACUAACAUCACACCGGCUACUAAACAAGACAUAGCCGACCUGCUGAAAGAAAUGAGACAAAUGCACGCAGCAGAUAUGGACCUACUAAGGACCGAAAUGCAGGCAGUAAUUACACGCACUCAAGCCACCGAAGAGGACACCCUAGACUUGAAACAAGAG